AUACUCUCUACACCGUCCGGUCUCUGCAGAUUUGCACCAAAACGCCUUGUUUUGACAAACGCCAAGCCCUCUCUCCGAUCUUCUCCGACGCCGAAUCCGUGGUCGCGAUCUCUCGGAGCUGAAAUGGAAUUCCACACGCUGUCGAGGAGGGAGCUCCAGGUGCUGUGCAAGAGGAACAAGAUCCCCGCCAACAUGACCAACGCCGCCAUGGCCGAUGCCCUUGCCGCUCUCCAACAUGUGGAGGGGUUGGAAGAGUUCCUCAAUCCAUCCGAACCUAAUGUUGCGAUGCAAUCGCCGGAGAAAGCUCCACCUGAAACUCUAGCGGUUCUUCGAACUGCGACUCGAGCCUCGGCUAGAGCCAAACCUACUAAGGAUCCCGACAGCUCGCAGGUCGUGUCCCGUGCUCGCCGCAGCACGGUGGGCAGUAGGCACGCUGCAGCAGAUCAGGAGAACAAACAAGUCAAUCUGCCAGAUACUCCUGCCGUGCCGAAAACCGGAAAAAGAGCCGGGCUUGCCUCGGCUCGGAGAAGACCGGAGGCUACGAAGAGAGAAGAGAAGAAUGAGGAAGAAAAUCGGGAUGUACCAAAGUCUUCAACAGUGAAGGGCACGCAAAGACAGGCCCGAGCAUCUGCAGUGCCAAGGGUAUACAGCACGAGGAGGUCGGCAAGGUUGUUGGAGAAGUCAAUGUCUGAGCUGAAGGUGUCUGAGGAAAGAGCCUCAGAAUUGGAACCAAUUAAAAUGGAUGAUCUGGAUUCGAAAGAAGAAUCAGAAGAAGUCCUAGAAGAAAUUCAAGAGAAUAAGAAUGCACUUGAUGCUGAUUCCCAGGCUGCAGAAGAGGAGAGUUCAAAGAGACCCGAUCAUUCAAAUGUUCCUGUUGAGAAGUCAACUGGAAUAGAGGAGAAGGAAAGAGAACUGCUAAGUGAUGUGAAUGUGAAUGUGAAUGUGGAGAGCAGUUGCGUCGGGGCUCUUGGUUCCGAGGUACUCCUGGAAGCUGAAUGUGGCAAAUCUGAUUGCCUGAGUGCACUUUCUGAUUCAAACUUGAAAGAUGAUGUCCUUGAUGAGAAGUUAGAUCAGUUGGAUGACAACCUACAUGUGUCGACGUUGAACCAAGAUGCGCCACCAAUAGACAAUCAAAGUGAUGACAUUGAUGUUGCUGUGAUAUGUGGGACAGAAGAGAAUGGUUUAGAGAAUCCAUUACUUCCCGAAGAGCAGAUGGUGGAAAAUAAUGAGGGAGUUCUAAUUUCUGAGUCAAUCACGAGUAUCAUGCUAAUCAAUACAAAUUGCUCUGUAGUGUCGACGUUGAACCAAGAUGCGCCACCAGUAGAUAAUCAAAGUGAUGACAUUGAUGUUGCUGUGAUAUGUGGGACAGAAGAGAAUGGUUUAGAGAAUCCAUUACUUCCCGAAGAGCAGAUGAUGGAAAAUAAUGAGGGAGUUCUAAUUUCUGAGACAAUCAUCUGUACCUCUGAUGAUUCAGAUCAACUAGUUCCUCAUAUCACGGCCAACUCAGAUCGAUUAGUCCCUCAUUGCGAUGAUUUUCAGGAGCCAGUUGGGAACAAUGACGCGGGUGUUGAAAUUUCCAUGUCCAGUCAAUUGGAAAUUCGGGACAUUGCUCCUGUUGAGCAAGAAGAAAGUAUCAAGCUUGACCAGUUGAUGUCUCCUUGUCCUGUUAGUCCAGUAGUUCAGACAGAGAAGCAUGAGGAUGAGCAAUUGGUUGAAGUCGACGUGAUCGAAUCAGAAGAGUUCGCCAUGGAAGUCCGUGAGUGGCACAAAUCAUUGGUUGAAACUUCUGCAGCUGCAAAAUCAUCAGAAGUGAAUGCACCACACAUUCAAGAAUAUGCCGAUCUUCAAGGGCUAGUUGAUGUUCAUGUGAUGCAAGAAGUGGAAUUUGUCGAAGGAGCUUGUGAAUUACCUCCAUCUGCCAUCGGAGACAAGACUCCAAUUAAUGUUAGCAACAUAAGCCCACAUUCUCCUCUCGCUGUGAAUGGUAAAGUUGCGCUUUCCCCGUUGACAGCUGACCGACUGCCAAAGUCUCCUAUGCUGAUGAAGUCAUCGAGUAAGAAGAAGUCCACGGUCAGAAAGAUGGCCAAUAAGCUGGACAAUAACAAAGAGAACAUGGGUAUUCUACCCUCCCCAUUAGCAGUAGCAGCUGACCAGCUGCAAGUGAAGUCAUCAAGCAAGAAGCAGCUGGACAAUAACAAAGAGAACAUGGAUAUUCCACCCUCCCCAUUAGCAGUAGCCACUGACCAGCUGCAAGUGAAGUCAUCAAGCAAGAAGCAGUCUGCACUGAGAAAGAUGACCACUUUGCUAGGUGACGACAAGGAGAAUAUGCAGAAGGGGGGCAGAAAAGUGGAGCCAAAUACAGAGAAGGCGAAAAAGAAGAGCGAGGAAGAGAAGAUUACAGAUGAGGAUAGAGUGCUGGAGUCCUUGCAAAAGAAGAGCCUCAGGCAGUUGAAAAAGAUGUUCAAGGAAAAAUUGGGAACGACCGAAACCGAAAGGGAGAAAGAUGCCACUGAGCAGCAGCAAUUGGGGAGUGCGAGACCGGCUCUGCGGGUGCUGUCUGAAAACCAAAUGGCUCUGGGUGAGGUAGAGGGUAACUGAAUUCUACGGUUUCGGGCAGGUGCUGUCAGAAAACCAGCCGGUUCUGGGUGAGGUUAAGGGUAACUGAAUCUAUGGUUUGGGGUAUAUGUUUUUGAUCUGGAGGGCGCAAACCUCGGUUUGCAUCUAUUGAGUUCUUUUGUGAUGUAAUAAGAAUCAAAUGAAGACCAUUCUGAUUUGCUAGUCUUA